AUGCCAGCUGUUACAGGUUUGAGUAUUCUGCCCCUAGUGGACAAAAGGCAUCCUGCAUGCCAGCUGUUACAGUGGACAAAAGGCAUCCUGCACGCCAGCUGUUACAGGUUUGAGUAUUCUGCCCCUAGUGGACAAAUGUUCUCCUGUUUCAUCCUGCAUGCCAGCUGUUACAGGUUUGAGUAUUCUGCCCCUGUGGACAAAAGUCAUCAGUCAAACAACGAGGGUUGUGAUUCAGUCAGUAGGUUAACGUGUUCAGUCAUCGAGGGUUGUGAUUCAGUCAGUAGGUUAACGUGUUCAGUCAUCGAGGGUUGUGAUUCAGUCAGUAGGUUAACGUGUUCAGUCAACGAGGGUUGUGAUUCAGUCAGUAGGUUAACGUGUUCAGUCAUCGAGGGUUGUGAUUCAGUCAGUAGGUUAACGUGUUCAGUCAUCGAGGGUUGUGAUUCAGUCAGUAGGUUAACGUGUUCAGUCAUCGAGGGUUGUGAUUCAGUCAGUAGGUUAACGUGUUCAGUCAACGAGGGUUGUGAUUCAGUCAGUAGGUUAACGUGUUCAGUCAACGAGGGUUGUGAUUCAGUCAGUAGGUUAACGUGUUCAGUCAACGAGGGUUGUGAUUCAGUCAGUAGGUUAACGUGUUCAGUCAUCGAGGGUUGUGAUUCAGUCAGUAGGUUAACGUGUUCAGUCAACGAGGGUUGUGAUUCAGUCAGUAGGUUAACGUGUUCAGUCAUCGAGGGUUGUGAUUCAGUCAGUAGGUUAACGUGUUCAGUCAUCGAGGGUUGUGAUUCAGUCAGUAGGUUAACGUGUUCAGUCAUCGAGGGUUGUGAUUCAGUCAGUAGGUUAACGUGUUCAGUCAUCGAGGGUUGUGAUUCAGUCAGUAGGUUAACGUGUUCAGUCAUCGAGGGUUGUGAUUCAGUCAGUAGGUUAACGUGUUCAGUCAUCGAGGGUUGUGAUUCAGUCAGUAGGUUAACGUGUUCAGUCAUCGAGGGUUGUGAUUCAGUCAGUAGGUUAACGUGUUCAGUCAUCGAGGGUUGUGAUUCAGUCAGUAGGUUAACGUGUUCAGUCAUCGAGGGUUGUGAUUCAGUCAGUAGGUUAACGUGUUCAGUUAUCCGUGUAUGGGGUUCCUGUAUGAGCAGCUAGAGCAGGAUGUGGUUAACAGACUGUACUAACACCCAGGUCGGCUUCACUCCACACCCCAGUCGGUUACACACAAGCUCCCUGGGUGUCUCGCCUGCUUCCUACUGCCUGUGAAACCAGGAAGUGUGUUGGUGCUCGGGCGACGAGGACCGGGAAUGCUGAUCUUGUUCUCUCUCCGCCCGCUGUGGAUGAGGCUCACUGUGUGAAUGUGUGUGUGUGUGUAUGUGUGUGUGUGUUGUGUGUGCGUGUGUGUGUGUGCAUCUGUGUGUGUGCGAGAGGGAGAGAGAGCCAGAGAAAAGGCUCAGUAGUGGGUGGCCCAGAAAGGUGUGUGUGUGUGUGUGUGUGUGUGUGUGUGUGUGUGUGUGUGUGUGUGUCAACAGACUGUAGCUCCAUAGGCGCUGCCUGUCUGCGCUGAGAUCCAUCCCAUUAGAUGAUUCUCCAGACUUUAGGUGGCUGCUGUCUGCU